GCUUAGUUGUCAAUCAAACUGGCACAGACCCCCCGACAUUACACACUAGGUAGUUUGUUAUAAAUUGUAUAUUUUAGCAUUGUGAACGGGGCCGUUUUGGCUCGUUGUUCAGUGUGACUUCAAACCGCAGGAGGAUAUGGUGUUUUUUUAUCUGCAGAUCUCAGUCAGGAAGGAAGCACUUAAACCUGCAGACUCUGAGCUAAGCCAUUUUAUAUGUAACUGCUUCAUCACUCCUGUUCACUGCGUUUUUUGAAAAUGAGAACGACAUUAUUUCUGCUGCAUGCCAUCUCAUGCUGCUGGUUGGUCAGUGCCACUCUUUCAAAAACUGAUGCAAAGAAACCGCAUAAAGCUGAGGCCGAGACAUCUCUAUCUGAGUUGUCUGUGUUGGAGAGAGGCCUCGUUGUGUCAGACCCGCCUUGGAAAGACAUAGUGAAGGAGGAAAAGAGACACUGGGCUCACAUCAAGAAAACAUUUCAAGGACCAGUACUUGGAUAUGUCACACCUUGGAAUUCUCACGGCUAUGACGUUGCCAAGAUGUUUGGCACUAAACUAACUUCGGUGUGUCCAGUUUGGCUUCAGCUCCGCCGACGGGGCCCUGAAACCUUUGAUGUUAGUGGACUCCACGAUCAUGACACAGCCUGGGCCAAAGCUGUACGCAAGUCAAACAAAAAAGUCCGGAUGGUGCCUCGGCUGUUAUUUGAUGGCUGGUCUUACCAGGAUUACAUGAGUGUGCUGGGGAGUGAAGAUGAAAUUGAAGAGCUCGGAAGUGAGCUGGUGGAUGUUGCAAAGACGGAAGGUUUCGAUGGUUUCACGUUGGAGCUGUGGAGCCAGCUCGGAGGAAACAAAAGAAAGGAGCUGGUCCAUUUUGUGAAACACAUAUGUGAGACUUUGAAGGCUAAAAGAUUAGACUGCAUUCUUGUCAUCCCACCUGCUGUGACAAGUGUGGGACAGCCGGGUAUGUUUGGCAGGGAAGAGUUUGAGGAAUUGGCCCCAGUAGUCGAUGGAUUCAGCCUCAUGACAUACGACUACUCCAGUGGUGCUAGACCGGGACCGAGUUCCCCCCUGCCCUGGAUGAGAGACUGUGUCCUUCAGCUUGCACCCACCAAUCAGUGGAGGAAGAAGAUCUUGCUUGGACUCAAUUUGUAUGGCCUUGAUUUUGCAAGCCAGGGAACAGAGCCAAUCCUGGGAGGAAGGUACAUUGAGAUUAUGCGAGAACACAGGCCAAAACUUCUCUGGGACGAAUAUUCUGCAGAGCAUUAUUUCAGUUACAAGAGGAACAAUGCAGUUAAGCAUGUGGUGUACUAUCCGUCAUUAAAGUCAAUCUACCUGAGGAUCUCUUUAGCUACUGAACUGGGAACAGGAAUUUCCUUAUGGGAAUUAGGACAAGGACUGGACUAUUUCUAUGAUCUCCUUUGAUUGUUGGACUUGAUAUUGAAGCCUGUGGACCAUCAGCACUGGAUUUUUCUUUUCCUUUUAACACUGAGCA